AUGCGUGAGUGCGAGGGUGCGUGCAUGCGUGCAAGUUGGCACGAGCAGAGCCGAGGCGUGGGUGAUGCAUACAUGCACGAGGUCUGGAUUAUAAUUGCUACUCUUCUCGUCGUUCCCCUCACCAUCCUGAACAUCAACACCAGAAGCUUUUCUAUCAUCAGCAUCACAAGCGCUUCCAAUUGUUGCCAUUCAAAGCGUGAUUCCACUUUCGCCGCCACCGCUGCCAUCACCACCGUCACCGCCUCCUCCUCCGCCUCCUCCUCCUCCUCCGCCUCCACCUCCACCUACUUUUCUUGUGAGGCUAAGUUCAGUCCUGAUGAUAUUGAAUAA